CGCUGAAUGGCAGCAGGUGAACCUCUCCGUCGUCUCCGGGUUUCUCCGUUUCUCCGCUCGCCCUGUGGCUGAACCGCGGAGGUGUGUUACCGUCAGGUCCGCCGGUGAAGCUCGGCGGCUCGGUGCCGGUCCCCCUGCAGCGGACAGCACCUGCAGGUUAUCGAGCCGCAGCCGGAGUCCCGGUCGGGCCACAGCCUGCUGCUGUAUCUGGCUGGCCUACAGCAUGGCUCUGUCAUUCCUUGUGGUCUUAGCUGCUACCUUGAUUCUUAUCAGACCCGAAACACCUGUCACUAAGGCCCUGCAUCAGAACUCACUUGAGUGCUGCAGCGAGAAGCAGAGAACCAACAACACAUGUUCAAAUGACACCCACUGUGAACCAGGAUGCUUCAUGCGAGUCCUUGAGAACAGCAACACUGUCUGCAUAUUCUGUGACUCUGCAGCCGUAGAUCUGGAGAACAUCACAGUCUGCACCUACAACUACACAGUGGAGCGUAAAAAUCACACAACAGUGACCACUGUUGUUCCAAAAAUAGGAGGCCCAGGUGUGGCAGCUUCUCUCCUCUUGGGAACACUGUUGAUCAGCCUGUUCCUGAUUCUUUCCGUUGCCUCCUUUUUCUACCUCAAACGCUCAAAUCGGCUCCCAGGCAUCUUCUACCGUCGCAACAAAGCCUUUAUAUUCCAGCCAAGCGAGACAGCUGUCAUGAUUCCCUCUUCAUCAGUGAGGAAGCCGAGAUAUGUCAGAAGGGAGCGGCCCUCCGCUGCAUCAACACUACACAGCGCCACCAUUCCCACAACGGCCACUACUCAAGUUUAUAACGUGUAGGAAGAAGAAGAGGAGGAGGAGGAGAGGAAGCUCAGGAACAAUGUUUCUCCUUCUGUGAAGUUUCAAAGAUGUGAAGGAAACCGCUGACGGUUUUUUUUAGCGUGGCCAAAAGGUAAACAUAGCUGCUUUUGCUGUAUCUUCAUAACUCGGGUUGCUACUUUUUCCCCCGUGUGUUCAGAUCUGUGUCCAGUCAGGAACCCGCCAGUCCUCCUCGCGCUGUGACCUAUCAGGGCAGGUUGAGUCUGAAAUGACACUGACGUGCAUGAGGGGCCAAGUUUCGGCGCGUGUUUGUAACUUUAAACAUUAUUUUGCGUGAAAGUCACUCAUCUCUCUGGAUCUCUCUUCGGUUUUGAAAUAGAAUCUGACAGUAAGCGAUAUUUCCAUGUGCUGAUGGUGUGGAUUCACUCCCAAAGAUUCAAUGAGGUGUUUCAGAAUGAAAGAAGUAACUGUUGGAGGAGAAGUUUGAUAGAUUUGGAUAAAAAGAGCAAUCUCACACUCAUGCCUGUGAGGAAAUUAGUAAGCGAGAGCGAGAAGAUGGUUACCGUCGUGUAGAUUUAACACUGACAUGGGACCGAGGAAAGAAACGGUCUCUCUGGGCCUGUGCAGCGGUCAGACGAUGUUCUUCUCCAUCAACUAGUUUGGGGUCAUGUUUUUGUUUUCUAAAGCUCCAUAUUGAGCUGGAUGAUUAACACGCAGGUGUUGAGUGAAUCUAUUAGAAAACUAAAUAACUUCUCAAAUUAAAAGUCUUUUGGUAUUUCACACAUCGCUAUUUUAUAUAUUAGAAGCUUAGAUCUGCUAAGAAUCUCGUGUUGUUUGGGUUUUUAAUCCAUAAACUUCACCCAAGCUUGCAUAUCUUCUAUCUGGAAGUUGAAAUGUUCCUCUGAAGUGGAGACACAUUGAGCCAGUGCUGUUGGCACCGAGUGACAGCCCAGCAAUGUUUCAUUAUUGAUUGAGUUAUCGGGAUGUUUUUAGACUUAUUUAUUUGUAUUUUGUAAAUGACUGUGCACUGAGGAGGUCUGGUGGACGAGGAGGUUUUGAAUAUUAUUACUGGUUUCACGGUUGUGUUUUGUACAUCGUAUUUAUUUUGUGACCGCCCGUCAAGAAUGUAUUUGAAAUUGUUGCAUUCCUCAUACAGACCAACUUAAAGCUUUUGUUUUUAGUUGCAACCUUGAAAUCUCAACAUUUUCUCCCACUAAGUUGAUUUUAAAUUACAGCUGCUUUUCCUGUUAAACUUUAAAUUAUUGUAUCCUUGUGCACUUUAAUCAUCUGAGGGUUUUAAAGAAAUCCUCCAGUCGGCGUUUUGCCCAAAGGUGUGAUUGAGAUGGAUUCUGUGGUGUCGAUGGCAACAGAGCUGUUGCAUUAUUAAGAUUACUUGACUACUAAAACCUUUGCCAAAUCUCAGAAGAAAGUGGCUCCUACUGUGUGCCAUUACUGUCGUACCUGUGCCAUGAGCUUUAAAUGCAUCCAGCAGGCAUUUAUUCAUGAUGUAUGUCUCUGACUCUUUUUUUCUUUCAUUGCUAUUCAGUGGCCUUUACUGUAUUUGUAAUCUUAAAGCUUAUCCGACCUUUGACCAUGUUUCUGUUGUUUAAUAUUUUGACAACACUGCAAUUGUGAAAGGAAGUGAUUUUUAUUUUGUGUAUAUGUCGGCGUAGUCUGAAGUGAAGCUCAUAAAGAAGCAGUCGUUCCAUGUGUUCCUCUUUGCAGAUUCCCAUCAGCUGAGUACAUGUACAUAGUGAGUUUUUAUACAAAUGACAUAUUGUUUUUGUACGUAUUCUAGUUUCAGUGCCGGAAGGAAAGUUCACAUCUAUGUAUUGUUUGCAAAAAUAAAGCACCUUUCCAUAA